UAUUGAUGAGGAAGAAUAGUGAAAGCGUCUGACUCUGUAAAGGACCGACUAGUCAAAUUGCCGGUUUAGGUACAGUAGCUAGAAGUAAUCGACCACAAGCCAAAAUGACUACUGCUCCAUACAACUACUCCUACAUCUUUAAAUACAUUAUUAUCGGAGAUAUGGGUGUAGGAAAAUCAUGCCUGCUUCACCAGUUCACAGAAAAGAAGUUUAUGGCUGACUGCCCUCACACUAUUGGAGUUGAGUUUGGCACAAGGAUUAUUGAGGUGAGCGGGCAGAAAGUCAAGCUGCAGAUCUGGGACACAGCGGGACAGGAGCGCUUCAGGGCCGUCACGCGCAGCUACUAUAGGGGCGCCGCUGGGGCACUCAUGGUCUAUGACAUCACCAGGAGAAGCACAUACAAUCACCUGAGCAGCUGGCUGACUGACGCUAGAAACCUCACCAACCCAAAUACAGUGAUCAUCUUGAUUGGUAACAAGGCGGACCUGGAGGCCCAGAGAGAUGUGACCUACGAGGAGGCCAAGCAAUUUGCUGAGGAGAACGGUCUAUUGUUCCUAGAGGCUAGUGCAAAGACGGGCGAGAAUGUGGAGGACGCCUUCCUGGAAGCUGCCAAGAAGAUUUACCAAAACAUUCAGGAUGGCAGCCUGGACCUGAAUGCUGCAGAGUCUGGUGUCCAGCAUAAGCCCUCUGCCCCACAGGGUGGCCGGUUGACCAGUGAACCCCAGCCCCAGAAGGAAGGCUGCAGCUGCUAAUGACCCUGCCCCCACCCUGCUCCCUGUGCCAAAGCCUCCCUCCUCGACCCAAGAGCCUACUUGCCUCCACUUUGCACCAAGGCCUUGUCUUGUCAGUCAGGGUCCCAGCAGGCUCUGAGCCAGGGAUGGGAUUGAUGCCACCCCUUGUCAUUCACCCUGAUCCUCCCCUGUCAUCUCUUUUCUGUUUUCUUAUCUCUGUCUCCCUCUCUACAGGUCACAAGGCUACACUGCAUAGCUCAAUGACCUAUAACCGCCAGUGGACCACCCAGCAAGUUUAAAAUGAGCAAGGCUGGUUAGGUACACAAAUUAUGAUUAGAACUUAGCAACAUGGAAAUAGUCACUGGUGGCUGGAUGGCUUCUCUACUAAUCUUUUUUUUUUCUUUUUCUCAGUUCACUGAGAAAACCACGAUGUGCAUAACUACAUGAAAUGGGUCAUCACUCAUGUAGCAUUUUUAAAAGUAGUCCUGUUUUAAUUCAAAUUAAAUUAUUAAAUUGACACAUUCUAUGAAAUGAGCUGCUACAAAAUACUCUGCAAACAGGCACAGAUAUCAGAGAUAAUGGCUCCAUGUUUCCCCAGACAACGUGUAACCAUUAUCCAUAUAUUUAAUUGUCUUCUGAACGAUUCAAACAAUUAAAUUAAUGUUGGAAUAUGUUGCAUUUAAUUAACAUUUCUAUAAUUGUUACCAUUUUGUGACAGAACAAAUUGGCAAUUUUCUUAGUGGCCUCAAUGAAAGAAAUCGGACGUGUACGAUUCUGAAAGUUAAGCAGAACACUCGGGUGAAGUCCAGGAGAAAUUUUUGCACUUUUUGUCAUGUUGAGUUGCAGGCCUUUUCAAUGGAGAUGAAGCUUUAGCAAGGGUGUGUUCACCAGGAAGCUAACAGGACUAAACUGGGGAGGGACCUGAAAUUGUCCAUAAGGAAAUUAGUUUUGUCUGCAUUAAUAAAUACACCCAGCUGUUGGGUUUGGUCAGUGAGCUGUCAUGGUUGCCCGUUUCAGCUGUGACUCUGACGGAAGCAUGUCAUGUGGAUCUCUGGUAGCUGUGGAGUAUUUUCCCAUUUGCACCCUGUGGUUUUAUAUCAGAAGGAUCUCAUGUCCCUUGCCCUGAGGCACUUUAGAAGGUCCUUUUGCUUAGACGCCGGUGAACCGAGGUAGCAACAUGGUUCUGCUACACAUCCUCGUUCCCUUGCGUUGUCAUCUCAGGCACUUCAUGGCCCUGGUUGCGUCCAAAAUGAUCUCAUCUGGACAUUAGUGCACUAUUUUUUGACCUCUGGUGAAAUAUAGUGCACCGUACGUAUUGUAAAUAGGCUGGAAUCUGUGACGCAACCCAUGAUACCCCAAUUCUCUGACACCACAAUCUGUGAUUUUAGUUUUUGCCUUAUUUAGUGUUAACUUGUUAUGUAGAUUAAUGUAGGUCACCUUUCUGUAAAUUCAACUACCUUCUAUACACUUCUUCAAUCUUUUGAUAUUUGAUAGCCUCUGUCUGAUUACUUUAAUUGGUCUCUGUACUUCUAGGCAUCUGUUUGAAGUAGUAAGUGUUUGGCUGGUUUUGUUUUUUCUUAAUACUAAAUUAAUUUUCUUGUAAUAGGUUCUUCAGGAGCUCUGCUCUGUCUGAGCCAUGCAGUGCAGUGUUGUCUUAAUCACCUAUAGCAAGUCCUAUUCCCUUCAUGUCUUAGCAGGAUGUGUUCAAUAGGAACUAACUGGAAACAAACAGCUGAAAAGAGGAGGGACCAAUUUUACCUAAUAAUUAUCCAAUAAGAAAGGCUAAUUUCUGUUUCAAAAGAUUUUUGAAUGCUUAGUUUUCUUACGGUCAGCGCUAAUGAAUACACCCGUUUUUCAACACUUUGACCACAAUACAUUGGAGCAAACGCACUUUUUGCAUUCCUUAGUAAGAUUGUUUCCCAGGUUUUGUUACUAAUCUUUCUUUCUUUUUUAAAAAACAUUUCCUGAGACACUGUCAUGAUGUCAAGAUGAAUGGGGUAGGGGUGAAAUUGUGAUUUCUUAGUUGAAGAUAUCUGUAACGGUGAUUCUUACGGACUGCUCAAUCUGUAGUUGUAAUUCAGGGUCUAUAGUCAAAACGGAAAUGGUGGUGAAAAUUGGCAUGAAAGGUAUAACUAAUGCAAUUUCUUGAAGCUUGAUGCACUGUAAACACUGGUCAAUUGCGCCUUUACUCAAUGUUGGUGGCAUGAAGAGGUUGUGGCUGAUACAUUUUGGUGCUUUUCCCGAAACUGACGUCUGUCAUUUGCUAAAAAGGAUUUAAAUUGAUCUUAUCAGAUGUUGCUCUUUUUUCUCCAUUGCAAGAAGUCUCCAGUAUUCACAAAGCAUUAGAGUAGGAGUACUGAUCUAGAAUUAGGACCCUCAUCCACGUAGUCUUAUCUUGAUGGGAAAACUGAUUCUACUUGGGAGGCUUGAUUCAUAAUAUGGGCUCUGGUCAAAAUGUCUUGUGUUGGAAUUUAAUUACUGAGAGGUUGAUUUACCAUUUCUGUUAUGUAAGUAUUUUGGAGGAAUAGUGUAAAAUGUAUGGCUUAAAGUAAAAAUGUAUAUCCCAUAAUGUACAGACAUUAUUGAAUACAUUUUCAUAGCCAUUGUUGAUUCUUUAUUAUUGUGAAUAUAAGCACUGAUGAUCCUGACUAUUACACCCGAUCAGAAUAAAGUAAACAUUUUCUGUAACAAUUCUGGCUUUUGAGGACCACAUUAACCAUGUUAAAAUAUGUAUGUAAACAACUCUGGUCAUAUCUAACGUAUAGACAGCUUUCCCUCAUUUGACCUCAGUCUGACAGCAGCUCUGCAUUUAAGGCAAAAUGUGGCUGUUUACUUUUAGUGUUAUGCUGUGUUCACAUGCUAGUUGGAACUAUGAAAUUUGCUAAACCUGUUAAUGUUGUACCAGAUGGCUCUGUUUUUUCUUAAUCACAUUCUGCAUUCAAUGAAUUGGCAGGCAGAAAAUGUCUGUUUCCUAGUACCAACUAACAUGUGAAACUGGCUUAUUAGACCAUUGUGGUUACAUAUUUAACCACAUGUUGCACUUUUCCACGCCCAGCUAGUUAACAAGACUUUUCCUCUUUGUUACUUUAUGGUAGAAGUUCAACCCAUUGGUCUUUGAAUGUUCAACCUCACUAAUCCUGCUCUCAACAAGAUUGAAUAAGGGAAACUGAGCAAAUUAAACUCUUUAAUAUAUGCUUGGUUCACAUUUUCUGCAACCUUUUUAUUUCUGUAAAAAAAAUGUAACCACAUGCACAUUUGUCUUAUUUAUAUCUGUGAUGACUGUCAGCUGUACUUCUCAUUUUAAGACCAUAAUGCAGUUUAUCGUAAUAUUUGUAAAUAAAGUAUAUACAGAGAA